AUGGUCGUCGCCACAACAGAUGUCUGGCCUAACACGGCAGGCUUCGACACGAACUACGAAGAGAACGAACCCGUUUCACUCAUUGUCAAGGGCACCAUCCCCAAAUAUGCUGCGGGUGUACUUUACCGAACAGGGCCGCUCGGCUACAAGGCAAAGACAGACGACGGAAAGGUCUGGGCGGCAAAGCAUUGGUUCGAUGGGUUCUCGUGUGUUCAUCGCUUCCAAAUAGACGCCACUCCCCUUGCGGACAGUCCACCGAAGGUUACAUACCGCUCUCGACGCACAGUAGAUGAAUACCUUGAGAUGGUCCGUAAGAACGGCAGACUCGACAGUACCACGUUCGGCCCAAAGCAUUCAGAUCUAUGCGAAAGCUUCUUUAGCAAAGUUAUGAGCAUGUUCGUAUCAAUACCAAGCGAACAUAACGUCGGUGUUACCUUGUCAAUCAAUAUGCCAGGAGGUGACAAACUGCCUGGAGCUACGAGACCUACAACAAACAAUCACACCAACGGCAUCGACACUUUACAUGUUAAAACGGAUUCUCACGAGGUCAAGCAGAUCGACCCUGAAACUUUGGAACCACGGGGCUACGCUCGCCAGAAAUCUCUCCAUCCAGAACUGAAAGGGCCCUUCUCCGCUGCUCAUGCCAAGUCUGACCCCAAGACUGGUGACAUGUUCAACUUCAACCUGGAAUUUGGUUAUAAGAGCACCUACCGCAUCUUUCGUGUUUCAGCAUCGUCUGGCGAGACAGACAUCCUCGCCACCUUCCAUGGAACGCCUGCAUACAUCCACUCAUUGUUUCUAACAGAGAAUUACGUCGUUCUCUGUGUCUGGAACAGCCAUAUCACAUGGGGUGGCAUUUCGCUCAUGUACCACAAAAACGUCAUUGAUGCCAUGGCACCCUUCGACCCAAAUACCAAAGCUACGUGGUACGUCGUCGAUCGGCGACAGGGCAAAGGACUCAUAGCAACGUACGAAAGCAAAGCAUUCUUCUGCUUCCACAGUAUCAACGCUUGGGAAGAACCGUCAGCUUCUGAUCCCACCAAAACAGACAUCAUCACCGAGCUCAGCAUGUUCGAGAACCUUGAUGUUGUCAAGCGCUUCUACUACGAUAAUCUCAUCUCUUCCAUCGACACGGGCGAGUACGAAGGUGAGAAGCGUAUGACAGCUUUACCGAUGCAGGCACAAUUUCGUCUUCCCAGCAUUGACGCUGGUGUCCCUACUCCCAUGCCCGCUGAGCUCUUGUUCCAGGCUGAGAAGUUCAAGUCGAUGGAGUUGCCCACGUUGAACCCUGCAUAUCUAACACGACGCCACCGCUACACAUACGGUUGCGCUGACCGUCUCAAAUCUUCCUUUUUCGACGGCCUCGUCAAGUUCGACAACAAGACUCAAGAAGUCAAAUAUUGGGAAGAAGAGGGUCACACGCCUGGUGAAGCCAUCUUCAUUGCCGACCCGGAAGGCAUGGAGGAAGAUGACGGCGUGUUGCUGAGUGUGGUUUUGGAUGGGUAUGCGGAAAAAAGCUACUUACUCGUACUGAGGGCGAAGGAUUUGACGGAGAUGGGAAGAGCAGAGAUGGCGGGUCCGAUGAGCUUCGGAUUUCAUGGGACGUUCAAGGAGUCGGAUAGGAUGUACAGAGGUGACGUAUGA